AGCUAUGUGAUAUCGCGAUGUGUUACAGAACGAUUCAAACGCCUCCGUAAGAUGCAGCGGGAAUUAAAAGAAACCGACAUACGACCUAAGAAAAUGAAUGGAUUUAAUGUAUCUGUUAGACGAAACUGAGACGAAACAUAAUAAAUAAAAAAGUGGAAGUCGGGGAGAAAACGGUUCGUUCGGUUAGCGUGACGUCGGCGGGGAGCUACCGUUAACUUCCUGGGUUUGUAAACAAACCAUCCGCAGGUUUGUAAAAAUCGAUAAGAAAGAAGAAUUAUAGCGAUAUUAAAUCUUAAAACAUUAGUGUGUAGGUGGUCUGUGAUGGAGAGCGCCCCGGCUGGCGCUGCGUCAUCACUCAGUACUAACAUAAACAAUAACAACAGAGUGAGUGACUUUCCUGCCCCAGAAACGACUUUAGAACAACUAUUCUCUACUCGGUCUCUGAAAGUCACGGUGUACGACGGGGUGCCCGUGGCCGUUAUCUCCGUCCAGAGGUAUCUAUCGGAAAAGGUUUUCUGCAGUGAUCAGCCCCACGAUCCACAUGACAGCUACACCUACGACGUGACGGUGACGGACGGCGUGUGGAGGACCAGAGGCGUCCUCCACCGCAGUCUGAACCGGCUGGUCCACAGCAACACCCUACGCCCCGGGGUGCAGAUCCGCAUCACCGGCUGCUCCUUCGUGUACAACGAGCAGCGGCUGGGCCAGGGCCACAUCUGCAUCGAGAAGGUCCAAUGCGAUGCAGGGGCGAGGAGGAGUCCGCUUCUGGACGGCCUCAAGGACCUGGGUUGUCUGUCGGUGCUGACCAAGCAUGGCAUGGAGAACGUCGGGGUGCGAGAUGACUUUCCUCUCAAGACGAGCACCAAACAUUAUCUCCCUCUCUGGAACAACGAAGACCCAGAAGGAGAGCAGUGGCUUCCCCCGCGCACCACGCCUGACCUGGUUCUGGACGUGUCCAGCGUCACGUUGCUGUGCGACCUGGAGUCGUCGCUGGGCUACGCGCGCGGAGGCCCACCCCUCCUGGUCAGGGUCAUUCAUAAGUCCAGACUGCGGUACUACGGGAAGUGUGACAUCGUCGACGCGAACAAGAAGGCGGACUACCCCUACCACGCGUACCUGGAGGUGGCGGACCAGAGCGGGGCCAUGUCUCUGGUGCUGUGGAGCGAGCUGUGUCUGGACUGGUACCACAGCCUCCACGUGGGAGCCGUCCUCUACAUCCACAAGUACACCGUCAAGGACAGCUACGCCAACAGGUCCCGCCCACAGAUGGAGCACCACUGCCUCAGGGUGUUCAGGUCAAAAGAGAUCUCCCUGAACCGCCGCAGCACGGCCCCGAUUCUCUCCGUGGUUCCUCAGAAGAACCUCCCGGUCCAGUGGGGGCUGCCUGACGUGGCCUACAGGUUCACCUGCAGGUCCGAGGUGGAGAACCUGGCCCCCAACACGGCCUGUGAUGUCAUCGGUCUGGUGACGUUCGUCGGCCGCGUCCAACGAAUCAGAUGCCAGGGUGACAAGGGGCCCGAGAAGUUCUGGACGUACCGCUGGGUCCACGCGCUCGACGGCUCUUCUCAGCGGCCGUUCAUCCUGGAGAUCUUCUCCUGCUCCCAGCCCGACGUCUUCCACGCCAUCUGCCCCAUGACCUACCUGGUGUGCACCCAGAUGAGGGUGUGUCCGGGGGCGUCGGUUCCCUUCCUCACCUCCAGCUGUGAGACGCAAAUCUUCAUCACAGGCCACCACCGAGGACAGCCGUACGUGUCUGACCCCCGGGUGAAGGAGUUCAUCAGGUGGACCAAGACCCUGAAGGACGGAGCGGUUCUGGACAAGACCCUGGUGGGGGGCCACUACUGCUACCCCCCGGCCCCGCCCGUCUUCACACAGCCCCUGCACAACGGCUCCGUUCCGGUGGUGCUGGUGGCGGCGAGCGACCUGAAGGGGGCGCUAGAGUCCCUCCGCUACCGGGAGCACAAGCGGCUCGCUGUCCAGGGGCUCAUCACGGCCGUCCGAUACGUCCGGCUGCACCCCGACCCUUCAGAGCCGAACCCCGACCCCGACCCCUCGGAGCCCAGUGGGGGAGAGGUAUCAGGUGAGGCUUCAGCGGGAACUUCAAGAGCUUCAACAGCGACAUCGGCAUCAGAACAUCCCGAUGUUGGACAAACGAAGAACGGGACUAGAGGUGGAACAGCGCCCUCUGGUGUCGCGUCCCCGUUGAUCACAAGGAGGACUACCCCUAAAAAGAGAAGUUUCCAUCGCUUCUACUUGACUCGAGCCAAGACGAGAACAAAAAGGCUAGCAGCGGGGCCCGUCAGCCCGGACCCCCCAGAGGUCAGCAGCUCAGGGUCUGACUCGGACCUCCUGGACGCGGGGAGCACCCGCCAGGAAGGAUCGGUGGGACCCCCCCCCCCCGACCCCGCAGCAGAGCAGAGCCCGCCGCUCCGCUGGGAGAGCCGUGAUUGGUCGAGGCAGCGCGGGGAGGUGUCGACCCACCUGUGUGGGGAGGGGCUUCAGCCGGACAGCCUGGCGCGCCGCUUCUCCCUAGAGGAGAGGAGCGCCCUGCAGGCCUGGAGCGGGCUCCCCUCCUCCCACUGGACCCCCCCGGACCCCCAGCCCGGCCCGACCGCCCCCCCGGGGGCCGGGGCCCCGGGGUGGCGGCCCCCGGGGUACUACCACACCACCAUACUAGGCAUCAACCAGCAGGUGGCGCUGGACGCUGCGUUCUGCCCGGUGGUGUCGUCAGCAGACCCCCGGGCCGAGGGGCUCCCGCUGGACCCCCACGGGAACUCCCUGCUCUCCCUCCUCUCCGCCGGCUUCCUGUGCCCUCUGGGUGACCCCGUGACCCCCGACCUCCCCUCCCCAGAGGAGGUCCUCCAGACGGCCGGGGAGCUGGAGGGGGCCCACCUGCUGUGCGUCCUGGACCUCUGCCACCUGGGGGGCGACCGGGUGGAGGUGCUGCUCAGCAAGGUGUACCGGGUCACCUAGGGGACCGUCGCCUAGGGAACCACCUGCCCGGGGGCCCCCCGUCACCGGGCCCUCGUUGGUCAUUAGGAGGUUAACGUGUUGAUUUAACAUUAAAACGUUUUUUAACUAAACAUGUUUGGUUCUGUUGUUAAAAUACUUUUAAAGUAGAAAGAGUUAUUGCAGCAGGUAAGUGUCCCUCAGCGCUGACCUGACAUCACAUCGCUUCAUUGAGUUAAUCGUCAAGGACUCUGGAUCGUAAACAUGUACGCUUAGAAGUAUUUAUUUAAACUGAAAUUCACAACACGUGUAUAAUUUGUAUCUAAUUCUAUUUUGGAAUGUAAAAACAUUUAUUCAUUAUCUCAAAACAAUGUCAACAAUAUUUUAAAGCUUAUUUUGAUGGUGAAUACAGAAAAUACCCAACGAGCCAUUCGAGUGACUGUGCAACACUGCGUGAACGUUCGCAUGAUGAGGUUCGACACCUCAUCAUGUUACAAAAUCACCUACGUUUUAAAAUCUUGUAACACAUAUUUAUAUUUAUAUAUUUUUUUAUCAUAAAAGAUAAGAGUAUUUACUCUGGACCUUUUAAAUUUUUAUGUACAAUAUCUUCAGGGUUUCUGCGCUCCAGGGGCAGAAGUGGCCGGAGAAAUCGGAUUUGUGUCCGAGCAGAAACUGUGGUCAGGUGUGGCAGUGUAUUUCUCGCUUGUGUUGACGUCGCAUUAAAAGUCACACUUCAUAGAAAACAUAGAUUCACCAAGCAACCGUGAGGCCAGAACAGCUCAGGUCAGACGGACACACUGGAACCAAACCAACAUUUGAGCAUCUUUAAACAAACAUGUAGUCACUGUGACCUUUGUGUAAGUUUGUUACAAAUGUUCGGUUGUUGUACUUUAUAUUGGACAUUAAAAGUAAUCGACUCAUCAGCUGUUUUCCCAUUUUUAUUGAAAUCAGAAAUGCGUUUUUUACGUUAUAUUGUGCCGUCAUUCAUGAGUCCUAAAUAUAAACAAAUAGUAAUGAUAAGAUUAUUAUGAUGCACACAUUAAUCCCCGGAACUAGUUCUACAUAACUGCACCCAUAAACAAUUGUACAACAAUAAACCUUUACGACCUUUAUGAUGAAUAUAAUGUAAUGUUAUUCUUUACAAAGAGGGUAUUUUUUUAAUGUCAGGGAUAUGUUCUCUCGGAUCUCACAUAGUAGAGAUUCUAAGUCAUGAAACAACAUUAGUUGUUUUGGUGGUUUGUUCGUUUUAUAAUCAAAGGUCCUAGUUCGUUUGAUUGACAGGUGAGAUGAUCAGACCGGCAGAUGAUACGUCAUCAUAAAUACUCCCUAGACCGAGGAUUGGAUAGAGAGGCUUAUUAAAGCUGCAGCCAGUAGCAGAGUAGAUAUGCACCCUGGCUUCCACUUCAUAGAAGGAGACCAGACCCUCAUCAUAAUCAACAAACACCCCCACCUUCUGGAGCUCAGCUUUCAGAGGGAGACUGACAGCAGGGUCAUCACUAAAUACCAACCUAUUGUUGUAGGUAAGAAUCCAGUAACCAUGGCUAGGAAUUAAUGUGAUGAGAUUUGAUAUUGACCCGGGGAUCGUGGUCACUCCUAAAUUCCAUUUGGUAUUGCCUUUAACCUGGACCUCAAAGUAAGACCUCCCUGAGGUGAAGCUCUGCCUUGCCAGAACAGAUACAUUUUGUCUAUAAUUUCUAUAUCCCAAAUAUCGGUUAUUUGAAUCUUUCCCUUUAGCUCCAUCUUCUACCAUUUUGCCAUCCCCAGACACGACGAGACGGUGAUGAGCUGUAUUAGGAUCCAGAGUCACAUCAACUUUAUACUCCUGGACCCUCUUCAGUUCAGCAUCAAACAGCUUCUUCAUCUCCAUGUUCAGCGUCUCCUCCAGUGGAUGCAGGGAUCUCCACAAGGUCCCUACGUAUGACGGAGGACGGACCUCCACCGUCAUCCAGUCCCUGUUGGGUGGAGGAUUCUUCAGGGAACUGACGGCCUGGAGGAAGUGGAGGUGGUCUUCAGUGUGUAAGAGCUGCUUCACCAUUGACAUUCUCUUGGUCAGAUCUACUACUUCCUGCUCCAGCUCUUCGAUGAGUGCUUCAGCUUGUUUCUCUGUGGA